AAAACUCAAGGUCGUCCCUGGCUAGAACAAUUAGCAGGUCGACGAAGCAUGGAGAAACAGAUAUUUGGCUUAAAAUUCGCAGCAAAACAAAUGCAACGUUGUGCAAUUCGUUGCAACAAAGACGAAGUGGAGUCUAAGAAUAAAUUAAAGGCUGCUAUCAAGAAGGGGGACCAUGAAGGUGCAAGAAUCCAUGCAGAAAAUGCGAUUCGACAUAAGCACACUGCAACCAGCUAUCUGAGACUUGCUGCGCGAAUCGAUGCUGUUGUCUCUAGGGUUCAGACAGCCAUGACUACCAAGAAUUUUACUAAGAGCAUUAUGACAGUUGUCAAUUGUAUGGAAAACGCAGCCAAGUCUAUGGAUAUGGAAAAGGUUAGCUGUCUCAUGGAUAAAUUCGAAAGAGAAUUCGACAACAUGGAUAUACAGUCAAAGGUUUGUUUAGUUAUUUAUGUUGGUUUCACUUAAAUAGCUUGUGAGCUCCUCGCUAGCCAAUGCGAUGUCCAUUUCAACUCCUGAAAAUGAAGUUCAAGGACUGAUAAAUCAGGUAGCUGACGAAACUGGAAUAGAACUGAACUAUGAACUCCCUGGUUCUACUCACGGUUCAGUUUCGGUGGCCCCUAUUUCAGCGGAGGAGGAAGAUGGUCUCACGCAACGGUUAGCUAGACUUAGACAAUCGUGAAAUAGUUUUUUGUUCAGCUGAAUUUGUUUCACUUCAUUUAUUUCCCUUGAUUUCAACUUGAGAUAACCUAACUUUGCGUUUGUAACCUGUUUUGUUGACUUUACUUGAACGUAAUUUGUAUUUAUGAACACUACUUCAAAUCAAGAGUGCAUUGUGAUGUUUCUUUUGGUGUUUUAGAAAUUAUGAUUUGUUUUUAAAGCUA